AUGACCAUUGUUGUUUUCAAUAAGGUGGUGCUGAAAAAGUUAUUUCUGAUUGGUUUUGCUUUGUUAGCAUUAUUUGGGUGGAGUGUGUACAUAUGUUAUUUGGAGAUAUCCAGUCGAACACAUUUACAGAGCAUAUAUGGGUUUAAACAUGUGCAAGUUGCGUGUUGGGUUAAUGAAACAUAUGUUAUAGGUGUGUGCAGUGCAGACGCCCCCGAUGCAAACGAAUCAGAAAAAGAUUGCAGAAUGGAUAUUAGUCCGGGAGGUACGAAAUAUUGGUAUACAAAAUGCGACCGUAGCCUGAGACCAUAUGAAGGUCAAAUGUUUAAUACACUGGAAGAUGGAAUCCAAUUUUAUACGAAGUAUGCCGCAACAACCGGAUUUGAUGUGCGUCGAAGUUCGGAUAAAAAGAACAAUUUCGGUAUUGUUUUGAAAAAGGAUGUAGUGUGUUCGCGGCAAGGGUUUAAGGAGACUAGGGGCAAAGAAACUUUGGUUGAAGGAGGAUGUUCGGAGAAGAAGCGACGGCAGACCACUAAUAGAGUUGGUUGCGGCGCUAGGAUUGUAAUGAAGAUAGUUUGCGACGGGAGAUAUAAGGUUCACAAAUUUGAAGAAAGACAUACACACUGUCUGUGCGAGGAAAGUCACAAACCAUUUAUGAAAGUCAAUCGCAAAUUGGAGAUUGCACACCAAGAAUUCAUUACUAAGUGCGAAAAAGCAAACGUUGGUGCAAGCAAAAGUUUCGACAUAUAUGCCGAGAUGGUAGGUGGUCCGGAGAACGUGGGUGCGACGCAACAGGACUUUAAGAAUUACAGGAGAGAGCUAUUAGCGUACAUGAAGUGGGGAGAUGUGCAAAUGAUUAUAUCAAACUAUCUUGAGCAGAAAACAUAUUGUGCUGAUAUGUACUUCGAAUACGAGGUGAACGCAAAUGAUCAAUUAGCUCGUGUCUUCUGGGCGGAUGGUAUGACAAGGAAAAACUACGGUGCGUUUGGCGACGUGGUAUUCUUUGAUGCAACGUACAAAACAAAUAGGUACCACCUUGUGUUUGUCCCAUUCACAGGAGUAGACAACCACAAAAGAUGUGUGACGUUUGCAGCGGCCCUGAUUGAUAAGGAGGACGUGGAGUCGUAUAGUUGGGCAUUAAAACACUUCAAGAACGCAAUGGGGACUGCACCACCUUUAUUAAUAACCGAUCAAGACCCAGCUAUGAAAAUUGCAAUCGCAGAUAUGUUUGGAGGUAGUCGACACCGUUACUGUAUGUGGCACAUAAUGACUAAGGUUAGCAAGAAAGUGGGGGCUGACAUGUCAAAGAAUAAUGAGUUCCGCAGGGCAUUGAAUAGUGUUGUGUGGAACAAGAAAUCAACGAGAACAGAAUUCGAGAUUGGGUGGAAAACAGUAAUUGGGAAAUACAACCUACAUGAAAACCAAUGGCUAACCCGUAUGUACGAGGAGCGUGCGUCAUGGGUGCCCGCAUUUUUCGAUGAUGUGUUCAUGGGUGGGCUACUACGUACCACUUCCCGUUAA